ACAGGACAAGUUUGUAAAGAAGAUACAGCAUAAGAUAAUUCAGUGCUUAAAAGCUUUUAUGAAUAACAAGUACGGUUUGGAGAGAAUAAUGAGCGAAGAGAGAAGUUUUUCGUUAUUGGCCAAAACGAUUGAUCCCAAACAUAUCAACAUGAUGACUGAUGCAGUGAAACUGCUCUCUGCGAUAUGCAUUAUUGGGGAGGAAAAUAUCCUGGAGAAAAUUUUGAAAGCCCUGACUACAGAAGCAGAAGAGCGAGGUACUCACCGAUUUGGCCCCAUUCUGAAGGGCCUCGAGGAGAGUUCAGUCCACCUGCAAACAGCUUGUAUGCAGUUCAUCAAUGCUCUGGUUACAACUCCUGAUGAUUUGGACUUCAGACUCCACAUUCGGAAUGAAUUUAUGCGUUGUGGAUUAAAAGAGCGAUUGCCGCUGCUAAGAUGCAUAAGGAAUGAAGCUUUGGAUAUCCAGCUGAAGGUGUUCAGUGAACACAAAGAAGAAGAUAUGAUUGAAUUUUAUCACCGUUUCGAUAAUAUCAGAACAGAAUUUGAUGAUGCCAAUGAUGUUUUUAAUAUGGUGUGGAAUAUUGUUAAGGAUACGAGUGCUGAAAACUAUUUCCUUUCUAUAUUACAACACCUCUUGCUAAUACGAAAUGAUAAUUUUAUACGACCUUUGUAUUUCAAGUUAAUUGAAGAGUGCGUUUCACAGGUAGUCUUACAUCGAAGUGGUCUGGACCCAGAUUUUAGUUAUCGAAAAAGACUGGAUGUAAAUUUCAGUCACAUACUGGAUAUCUGUAUUGAACAGAAGAAAAUGGAAGAACUUGAAGGAAAAGCUUCUGAAUUCUUGAAAAAGUUUGAAAAAGAGUUUGUAGCUCAUCAAGAGACAAAGGCACAGCUUCAGAAGACGGAAGAAAAGAUCUGUCUCCUUGAAGGCGCAAGAAAACCUGGUAAAAAUGAGAAUGGCUCGACCAAUCCUUCCCCUCUGGCAUCUCUUGAAGGACCCACAGAUGGGGUCCUAUCACCUGGAGCUUCCACAGGAAUGGUUCCACCUCCACCUCCUCCACCUCCUCCACCCCCGCUGCCACCCCCACCCCCACCUCCACUACAUGGAUUACCAGGGUCUCAACGCUCCCCUGCUCCUCAGUUGCUGCCAUUCGGAUUGAAACCUAAAAAAGAAUUUAAGCCUGAGGUGACCAUGAAAAGAGUCAACUGGUCCAAGAUUAGACCCCAGGAAAUGACUGAAAACUGUUUCUGGGUAAUGGCCAACGAUGGAAAGUAUGAAAGUACCGAUUUGCUAUGCAAGCUAGAACUUACCUUUUGUUGUCAGAAAAAUGUGAAAAGAGAUGACGGCUUUGAAGAGAGGAAACCUGUUAAAAAACGAAUCAAGGAACUGAAAAUCCUGGAUCCAAAGAUCGCACAAAAUCUUUCUAUUUUCCUAGGGUCUUUUCGAGUACCUUAUGAAGAAAUAAAAAUAAUGAUUCUGGAAAUAGAUGAAACCCAGCUGUCAGAAUCCAUGAUCCAGAAUUUAAUAAAGCAUCUUCCUGACCAAAAACAACUCAACGAAUUAUCCAAGUUGAAGAAUGAAUAUAAGGAUUUGUCUGAACCGGAGCAGUUUGCCAUUGUGAUGAGCAGCGUAACGAGACUGCGACCCCGGUUGGGCGCCAUUCUUUUUAAGCUGCAGUUUGAGGAGCAAAUGAAUAACCUCAAGCCCGAAAUCAUGGCUGUCAGCACUGCCUGUGAAGAGAUCAAGGAGAGCCGAAGCUUCAGUCAGCUGCUGGAACUGGUCCUGUUAAUGGGAAACUACAUGAACGCCGGAUCGCGCAAUGCACAGACAUUUGGGUACAACCUCUGCUCCUUAUGUAAAUUAAAGGAUACCAAAUCAGCUGAUCAGACGAUAACACUGCUUCACUUCUUGGCUGAAGUCUGUGAAGAAAAAUACCCGAAUGUUUUGAGUUUUCUUGAAGACUUGCAGCACUUAGACAAAGCAAGCAGAGUUUCAGUGGAGAGCUUGGAAAAGUGCCUCAAACAGAUGGAAGGGCAGAUCAAACAACUUGGGAAGGAUUUGGAGACUUUUCCUCAACCCGAAGACCCCCAUGACAAAUUUGUGACAAAAAUGUCCAGCUUUCUCGUCCAAGCAAAAGAGCAGUUCAAGCAACUUUCUACCAUACACAAAAGCAUGGAAAAUCUGUACCGGGAUGUUAUGGAAUAUUAUGCCAUUGAUUUAAAGAAAGUCUCGGUAGAAGAAUUCCUCACCGACUUGAGCAACUUCAAAGCGAUGUUCAUGCAAGCAGCAAAAGACAAUAUGAGAAGGAAAGAAAUGGAAGAAAAGCAGAGGCGUGCUAGAAUGGCUCAAGAGAAAGCAGAAAAAGAAAAACUAGAAAAACAACAGAAGAAAAAGCACCUGCUAGGCAUUAAAACAGAGAGGGAUGAGACAGGAGUGAUGGAUAGUUUGCUGGAGGCUCUGCAGUCAGGGGCAGCUUUCCGCGAUCGAAGAAAACGAACACCCAGGUUUAAAGAUGAACCCCAGAAUUUCAGCUCUACUUGUGCGGCACCUGUUUUGAAACCUUGUAACCACGACAACCAGAAAGCACCAACAGGAGAGAAGUUGCAUCCGCACCACAAUAUGAACGGCACCCUGGUAAGGAACCCCGCGAGCAAGGACAUUCAUCGUGAAAACGAACCUAAUUCGUCGGUAGAAAAGAGAAAUGCUGUUGGAAAAAAGAAAAUUCCAUGCGGAGGAUCCAACAGAAAGGAAGAAGUAGAACUUGGCAGUUCUAAAGGAGAAGUGAUUCCUGAAGUGGAAGCUUUGCUCGCGAGAUUACGAGCACUGUGAACGUUCUAACCAGUUGCAUAAAAUUUUGGACUCAUUUAGACGUUCAAGAAAAUACUUAGUUACAUUAUUCAUAAGAUUGCACCAGUUCGGAACAAUGCUUCACAUUAUAAAUACCUGCAAGUAGCUAUUAGCAUAUUCCUAACAUUGAGGGAGAAAUAUUCCUUAUUUAAAACUCCCAGUCUCCACUGCUUUUCCUGUCAUGACACCCGUUGGUAAAAUAUAUAUUUAAAAAUCUUUUUAAUUGCUAUCACAAAUAAUGUUUUACAUAUUUUAAAGUGUAUAUAGAUAUAUACAUUUUGCAUGCUGCUGCAUAUUUGUCAUUGUCUUUUGAAGUGCACAUUCAUAAAUACUUUGGGUCCGAAUUAAAAUUGUAUUACUAUAUAAUAUAUGGGCUUAAUAUUUUGCAACUGGUUGGGAGGCAAUUAAAACAAUGAAAACCGACUUCUUGCUAUUGCUCACCUUUAAUAACUGACAUGCCUUUUCACAUAAACUAUUGGUUGAAUGUUAGAAAAAUGCAAAUCAAGCUAUAUAUGUUUACAGUUUUGUUACUAGCUCUCUGGAACGUGCAAUACAAUAUAUAUCUUAUUAUAAAGUUUUAUAAAUGUUUUGGAGUGUUUGAUGGGUGGCUGCAUGUA